AUGCACUUUCCUCUCACAGAAUCCACACCAGUACACUUAGCUGCCGGCGAAGGCCAUGAGGCAGUGCUUGAGAUCCUCCUGGACAAGGGCGGGGAUGUGAACUCCAAGGACAACAAUGGUUCCACUCCGCUGCAUUACGCUGCUCGAGGAGGCUGCAUGGCUGUGGUCGAGGCACUCAUCCAGAAGGGGAGCGAUGUCAAGGCCACGGAGGGAGUCUAUGGUAAGGAACUGAUAGACCAAUGGAGUCAUCAAAGCUCUACGAGAGUGGAUCCGAACCUUUGUACUGUGACUCUGUAAACACACAGUAAGUCAAAGUACUCUUUAUCAUUCGGGAGAU